AUGACCCCUCGCUUGCUUGAGCUCGGAAUCGGUGACCGAGCCUGCCAGGGUGAAGGAGAGGAGCUGCAACCCAAGGACCCUCUCGGUCCACCUGUGGGUUGGUAUUUUUGGAACUCGAUAGGAGCUCCCAAGUAUGUUUGUGCACCCAUGGUGGAGCAGUCAGAGCUUGCAUUCCGUCAUCUUUGCAGGAGAUACGGAACAACCUUGUGUUACACUCCUAUGUUCCAUGCAAGGCUCUUCCUGGAAAACGUGCAAUACAGGAAUGAUCAGUUUGGUGAGGAUGAUGGGAAACCAGAGGACCGGCCCUUGUUCGUCCAGUUCUGUGCGAAUCAUCCGGAAACCUUCUUGGCAGCAGCACGACUAGUGCAGCAUCGAUGCGAUGCCGUAGAUCUCAACCUGGGCUGCCCUCAAGGUAUAGCGAAGAAAGGGAAUUACGGGUCCUUCCUGAUGGAAGACUUCGAUCUUGUCUUCUCCCUGGUGAAUGAGUUGCACAGAGGCCUUGACAUUCCGGUCACUGCAAAGAUCAGAGUCUUCGAUGACCACGACAAGACAUUGCAGUACGCCAAGUGUCUGCAAGAUGCAGGAGCUCAGAUUUUGACUGUUCACGGGAGAACAAGGGAGAACAAGGGACCGGACGCUGUGCCUGCUGAUUGGAGCCUGAUCAAGAAGAUCAGGGAGCACGUUUCUAUCCCCGUCGUCUCCAACGGCAACAUAGUCACCUUCGAGGACGUGGUAGACUGCCUGGACGAGACUGGCUGCGCUGCUGUCAUGUCGGCGGAAUGGCUCAGGCGCAACCCAGCACUAUUCAACAAUGGAGAGAAGGUCUGCGCCUUCCGGAUGGCUCUCGAGUACUUCGAGCUGGAGCGGGAGUUCCCAGCUCCAGCCGGGUUUGUUAAGGCUCAUGUGUUCAAACUUCUCUCUACAGUGGUGAAGAAGUUGCCCGCCGAAGAAGAGACAGAAGCCAUUGUAGACAUCUUUGCUGCUGAGUGGUAG